CACAUGGCACUUUGAUCUGUAAAAGAUUUCCAGAAGAAUCUACACCGCAGUUUUAGGCAACAAUGAGAUUUACUAGCAUAAUAAUGAAACCGCUUUUCAAAAUAACAAUAGAUUAUUUAUUAUUUCUAAUCUCAAUUUCAAAACAAAUGUUUUCAGCAGCAUUUAAGCAAUCCGCACAGCGUGUUUCUUUUAGUGGCUAGUUUAAUGUUACAUAUUUCACCUAAGGAAGCGGACAAUUACAUUUAAGCGCACAAUUAAUAUCUACAAUGAGGUUUUAACUGUUAACAGUAUUUGGUACAACAUAUGUCUCAAAAAACGCAAUUGUCCAUUUUUUUUAUCCCUGUUCUGUAACGGGUCUGUCCAAGCACAGCUGCGAAACGUGUUAUGCUGCGAAUCUUUUUAAGGCAACUUGAACAGCAUUAUCAAGUUGUCAUUGGACAGUUUUGCUCCUCCCUUUGGAAAGUUGGUCAAGAAUCUGUGGAGUGCUACAAAAAGGUUAGUCAUAGACUGACUGUUUAAGUGUUGUGCUCUAAAUAUUGAAGAAAAUGUUUAAGGCCUUUCCUGGAAUUAAGUCCUCGUCCUGGAAUGUGAAAAGGCACCCAGUAAGACUUGCUGAAUCCUUGGUUACAUUCCACCGACUCUGUGGUGCAGUAUGUCAGCAGUCUAUCAAGAAUUACCCACUACAAAAUCUUCCUAAAAUGCCCCCAUGUGACUUCAAACCUGAGGAAUAUAAGGAUUUGUCCAUGGAAAGAAUGAUGGAAAUACGAAAACGUAACUGCAGUCCAAUGACAAUGAAGGUUACCUACUAUAAAAGUCCUGUGUUUCUCCACCAAGGCUACAUGCAGUGGUUGUGGGGUGUAAAUGGUCAACGAUACCUUGAUUUUUUUGGUGGAAUUGCCACUGUUAGUGUUGGACACUGUCAUCCAAAAGUCAAAGCUGCAGCACAAAGACAGAUGGAACGUUUGUGGCACACAACACAAAUCUAUGUGCUUUCUCCAAUCCAUGAGUAUUGUGAAAAACUGGCUGCUUGCUUUCCAGAUCCUCUAAAGGUCAUUUACUUAACAAAUAGUGGCUCCGAGGCUAAUGACCUUGCUAUGCUCAUGGCAAGGCUGCACACGGGAAACUUUGACAUCAUAACACUCAGAGGGUCAUACCAUGGUGGCAGUCCACAAUCAUUAGGCCUGACAUCAAACUCAGACUACAAAUACCCCAUUGCUGCUGGAUUUGGGUGCCACACAACCAUGUGCCCUGAUGUGUUUAGAGGUCCGUGGGGUGGAAGGCACUGUAGAGAUUCUGCUGUUCAAGCUGCUCGUGACUGCAGUUGUGCCCCAGGCUGUUGCCAGGCUAAUGACAUGUACAUUGAGCAACUGAAAGAGGUUCUCAAGACUAGUGUUCCUAAUCAGAUUGCUGGAUUCUUUGCAGAGCCCAUACAGGUUCAGACUGGAUUUGGUCGCACAGGAAGUGACAUGUGGGGAUUCGCUGCACAUGAUGUCAUUCCAGACAUUGUUACCCUUGCAAAGGGAAUUGCGAAUGGAUUUCCUAUGGGAGCUGUAGUCACCACACCAGAAGUUGCUCAUUCGUUUGCUAAGGGGUUACAUUUCAACACCUUUGGGGGAAACCCAGUUGGCUGUGCAAUCGCAUCUGCAGUGCUUGAUACUAUUGAAGAAGAUGGUACUCAGCAAAACUGUGCAAACGUUGGGACUUAUUUGCUAACAGAACUGGCCAAACUACGUGAUAAAUUUGAAAUCAUUGGUGACGUCCGUGGAAAAGGACUGCAGAUUGGGGUGGAAAUGGUCAAGAACAAGGGAAGCCGGGAACCCCUGCCUGCAGCAGAGAUGAACCAGAUCUUUGAAGACUGCAAAGACAUGGGCCUGCUGAUUGGAAAGGGGGGAGUUUAUGGACAGACUUUCCGGAUUAAGCCCCCCAUGUGUAUUACAAAAGAAGAUGCAGACUUCGCUCUAUCUGUCUUCAGCCAUGCAAUUCAGAGCCACAUGGAAAAGAAAUAGUAAUGUUCCAGUUUGUCCAUCCAACAGAGACUUUAAAAAAUAACUUCCAUAUAAAAUGGAAGAGAACACUUGAAUCAUGACGCACAGCUGUCAGCUAGGUCAGAAAAUAUCCCCCUUUACACUUUGAAUAUUUCUGAAGGCCUCUCAAAGACUAUUAAAUAUUUCAAGAGAAAUGUUUUUUAAAAAUACGUUUUAGGCUUUAGCUGCAAAUCUCGGAUAUGCAGAAUAUUCUCAAAUAUAUGUAAAAUAUUAACUAAUGUGAUUUAAUCUAGCUGUAAUUACAACAAUGAAAAUUAAUAUAGUUAAAGGAUAAUACUACCCUUAAAAUUACCCUUUUUCGUAAUAGUAAUGUCGAUAUUAAAGUUUUUUUUUUAAUUAGUCCUAAAAAUGCCUGUUUUUUGAGGUCAUAGAUCAAAACUAUUUUUAACCAACUGUUAGUUUCCUGUUAGUCAUCUCAAGGGAAAAUAGAUGAACUCAAAGUAGUAAAUUGAAGAUGAUAACCUCUAAAUUCCAUUUUAAAUUAUACAUAUUUCUUGUUGUCUGUGCAACUUGCCUUAAGAAAUUAACUGAAAGGAAAUUACUGAACCAGAAUGCACUGUUUUCAUGUCUUGCAUUAACAAUGAGUAUCACUGUGGUUUAUACAGUAUAUUGUCCAGAGCUUUUCCCUCAACAUUUCCUAAGCCUGUUCAACAUCUACCUAGUAAUUCUCAGAGGAUGCUACCACACAGUCAUGGUUUCUAAACAUGUUGCAACACGAAAUUGUCAAUUUCAGAUUGAGGCUAUAUAAUUAAAUCUUAGAACAAUGUGUUAAAGGAGAUGUAAUGAUAGAAUGUACAGUAAGUAGAGAACACUUUAAUAAAUUAUUCUUCAAUCUACA